AUGUUUUCUACACUACAAUCUCCAUACUAUUUUGAUGCUAUGCCAAGCAUGUUCAUGGACCCCAUGUUUCUCACACAGGAACCAAAGAGACGCAGGGUUCAUAAUGGUCCUAUGAGAAUUCCAACUCAUAGAAUCCCCAGACAACGUGCACCAGUACCAUUGAGAUACAAAGUGACAGAAACUGAUCGUGGGUACGUCUUGUCACUCCACAAAAAACUGCCCAGAGAUCAUCUACGCCAUGAGAUAAACCAUGAGUUAUCGGUGUUAAAAGAUCAGUUAUACAGACCAACAUAUCACUACUCUGGGUUGUUCGGUGAAUUAGUGGAAGAACAAGCUGAUGAGAACUCGCUAACAAAUCAAGCAAUGUCUAAGUUGAAUGUAGAUGCCAUUUGCCGUCGUGUGGCUCGUCAGGCAUUCAAAGAUUACAAGAUAGAGUUAAGCCAGAGAGGUGAUGAAUUAUCCAUUAUAAGCCAUGCGGAUGGUGUGGCGAAGGAAUUUGAUCUCGGUGUCAACAUCGAUGAUCUAGAAGUUAUCGGAUGCCAAUUGGAUGAAUCGUAUAGCCAUGCUGUGUGGAAUAUUUUACUGGUAAAAAAUGGUAAUGUGAGCCUAUCGGAUGUACAGGCUCCAGAGGAACACCAGGUAGAGGACGCGGAACCAUGUGAGCAAGAUGUUGACUCACAGCAACAAGAACAGAGGCUACAAAGCGAACCUACUGUGCAAGAACCAGAAGAACACACUCCUCUCAAGAUUAACAUCAAUUUCUCUCAGGACCAAAAGUCCAAGCAACACGAACGUAACUCACCAAUACUAGAGGAAGUGGAAGACGAAGAGGUCAACCGGUUCAGACAGUUGGCCAGCCGUGCUCCUACGGGCUCCGCCAUUCUAGAGGAUUGUUGA